AUUGAUUUCCACUAUCCAUGGAACUAAGCUUCCAGGUCCUGGAUGUAUGAUGUUGUCCCAAGCCUUUAAAUAUCCUGCGCCAUGUAAGUGAGUUCAUGGCGAUAUUUAAUGGUGCAGAUUUCAUAUAGCAAGAUUGUUAGAAAGUGUUUGAAGUGAAUUAAGCCAAUAAUCACAAUCAUUAUGCUGUCAUUCCCUUUCUUCUUUAAGUAGGAUUAGGUGGAUCAAAGAAAGAUCAUUCCCAUUGAGAGAAAAUCAUGAUUAAUCACAUGCAAUAAUUAUUUAUUAAUACUGGACAUGUUAAUUUAAAUCUUGGAGCAACGUUACAGGGAAGUUGUUUUAGUGAAGAGGGUGCAUGUUUCCUGUCUACAUUUUAAAACUCUUUGUUGUGUGGAUUUAGGAGGAAGCCAUUUUCAUGUUGGUAUUUUAAUCAUGUUAUAUUUUUGCUUGUCUUUGUGGUCUUGUAUUGUUUAUGGAACUGUUUCAAAGCCAUGCUUCCUAUCAGAAAUCAUUUACCCCAUUGUGGGUAUAUGGCCUCACUUGGGUUAAAGAGUAAUAAAAUAAUGGUCUUCAUACUGCGGUAGGAUUUGCUCAGUCGGUAGAGUGCUUUACUGCAGAGCAGGAGGUCACAGGUUCGAUUCCCGGGACCAGACCAAUACCCAGCGUCUUAAAAUAACUGAGAAAUGAAGUUACUUCCUUUGCCUUGCAAACAACUAGACCUUUGUGUGGCUCGGAUUACCAAGUAAAAUGGCGUAAAAAUUAGUGUCUUAAUCAGUACUUUCGUGCUAAAUACAUUGACUCUCAAAAAAGUGGUCAAUUUUUUAUCAAGCAACAUGAUGCUUACAACAAGUGAAUUUGUAACAGCAGUAUGUUGAUGUUAUAAGUAGUAUUAGAAGUACAGUUACUGUAGCAGUGGUUAGAAGCAGCAGUAAUACAUGUAUUAGCUGCAUUAACUAGAGGUUUGCUGUUUUAGUUUAGGUUUUUUACAUUAGUUUGUUGUCAUGAUCUUUUCGUUUUAAUAACAUCUUAAUCAUGCUUAUAUCUCCGUUAAGUGUUUCCUGGAGAAGAGGUCCUUGUACAUGUCAAGGUGGCAGAAUCAAGGCAUUCCAUAAUGACUUGUCAUGUUUCAUGUACUGCAGUUCAGAGAAAUAUGGUAAUACUACAUUCUAAAAGUCAGUUACACUGCUUGAUCAUUUUAAUAUUACAGCAACCAUUUGCCAUUUUUCGGAAUCUGCUCUCUGUGCAUACAGAGAAAGUUUUCGGAAUCUGCUGUCUGUGCAUGCAACAAAAUAAACAAAAUGGUGCAUCAGAAGGAUCUAUCAUUUAUUGUCAUAUUGUAAUGUAGUGGUCCUUGCCAGGGCUGUGUUCUAGCAGUGCCCCAUGGCCCCUGGCACCUUUCUUUUGAUCUUGGGUAUUUCUUUGCUGGGCACCCUGCUCAGAGCUCUGGGCUCCCUUCAAUUAGCACUCGUGACAAGACUCUGUCCUUCUUUUUGGAAGUGAAAGGGUCAAAUAUUACUGAGGUGUCAUUUAACUUACUUAAUCUUCGUUGUAGGUUGUUCUCUCAGGCAAGACAAAAUUACUGGUUCCCCGUAAAUUGGAUGAGAAACAGUAAAAUGGAGGAUUGUUUUGUAAGUGUGUUCUUACUAUUUUUAAGUCAAAUUCCACCCACUAAUUUUUCCUAGCCAAACAGAAAAACAUUAUUUUAAUUUAUAAUUGGAAGCCAACCUUGUGUUUCAGGGAUGUUCAUAUUGAGUUUUCUCUGUGUGCAAGAAAAUAAUAUUUAUAAUAUGAUACCUCUUAUUAUUAAAAGUGUCAUUGCAGCCAAGGAUGUUCCAUUGAUUACGUAGUCUCACUUUUGUAGUUUCUUUGUUUUCUUGCUUUAGAAAAGAGAUUUGUGUUUGUUACAGUGACGAAAGGAGAAAUCUCAUCUCAUUUUAGUUCACUUUGGGGAAGAUUUAAGCCUAAGAAUUUUCUUAAAAUUUUAGUAAAAUGUGUUGGCCAGUUCAGGUAUGGUCCGUUGUUCCAUGAUAUGCACAUUGCAACAUUUUUCUUCAAAAUCUAAGUUAAGUGUACAAUUUACAUUCAGACGCACUGUAGGUCAAAUGGUGAAAAAGGUGUUUGAUCCUCUGAGCCUUUAAAAUGCGAGAAUUUCAUGACAUCAAAUCGUGAAAAUCUAAGCAGGUUUUUGUGGCUCACUUCAUCCCCAAAAUGCAAGUUUGUGAUCCAAAUGUGGCAAAAAAAUCUUUAUUACAUCAGCACACUACCUUCCAAUCAAAUCAUGCCUUACUGUAAAGUGUGUCAAGAAAACACACUGAAUAACUGGCUGCCCGGAGAUCAUGCUAUAUUUUCGUUUCACUUGAUAGAAAUCUGGCCCGACCAUGUGCAGAGAACAACUAUGGAAGCUGCUAAAAUUUGGCUUGAUGUAACGUUAGAGAGAAAGUGUGAGAGCUGCUUAAAUUUGGCUUUAUCCGGCUACGGAAGAUUGAAUUCAUGAGAGUGGAGUAAAUUCUGUUUAAUCCCACGAAAGAGAGAAAGUAGAAAAUUCGUAAAAAUUUUUGCCUGAUCCAACGAAAUGGAAUGUAUCAGAAGAGCCGCUAAAAUUUGACUUGAUUUCACGUUAAAAGGAAUGUAUCAGGGGCACCCAACGAGAAUAAAGUUCAAAACCUCUUAAACAUAGCAUUGUUAAACGUAUUUUAGCAUUUAAACGAUCGAUAUAGGCAUAUUUUUAUCCCCUAAAAAUUUUUCAUCUAUUCGGAGUUCCUAGCUGAAAGUCUAGUGAUCCGAAAAUUAUAGGGAUCGAAACUUAUCUUUUCGAAAACUUCAGCCAGAAAAAAAGGCUCACGAAAAUUCUAGGUGACCUUUUUAGGGUAAAAAUCCGUUAAAAAUGGGCAAUUAGACCAUGUUUUAGAUGUUCGAAAAUCCUAGGAGAGGCAUGCAAGAAAGAAAUUUUACAACAAAUGUUCCGAAAAUUCUAGAUCUCAAAUCGUCUUCCGAACAGAUAUUUUCCGAAAAUUGACGUUGGGUGCCCCUGAUGUAUGAAAGUUUCUAACAUUUGGCCUUGUCCCACGUAAGAGAAUUUAUGAGAGUGGCUUGACUCCACCAUGAAACGUGAGUAAAUGUAUGAGAGUUGCGAAAAUUCGGCUUGGACUUCAGCCACAAAUACGUUCUGAUGUUUAAAAAAAGAGAUUAAAAUAUUAAUUUCUCGAGUUUAUCGAACGAUGGAGAUUUCAUGUAUAAUCGUGUAUAAUAUAAUAAAAAUAUUAACACUGUAUUUGAAGAAAGAAGACUGUCAAAGAAAAACACUCUUCCCAGACUCUCUGAGAUUAUGGCCAGAAAGGGAAAAAAUAAACUUACCUUCAAACAAUGGGGACGAGGUUGAGUUGUUUUGGUUGUGAAAACAAAAAAUGGUGGACAUUUCACUCGUUUCAGGAGUAAGAAAUAGGCGAAAAAAUAGCUGAAAACAUGGCAAGAACAGCAAGAAGACAACUCGAAGGGCGACAUCUGCUAUUUGGAGAAUAUUUGCGGAGCUGAACAACCCUAAAGGUGCACUAUCGAAGGUUAACCUAACAUCAAUGGGGGUAAGCAUGUUUUAGCUUUGUUUUUAAACUAGGAAUUAUUUUGAAUGAAUAAUGAAACAAUUAUUGAAUUCGGCUCUCGUAUCAUAUGAAGAAUUAUGGAGAUCUCGUCUUAAUAAGAUACUCAGCCUCAUUCAUUAAUUGUUAAAUAUAUUUCUAACACGCUGUUAAUUUACUGAACUUUUUAAAAGUUUAUUUAAAAAGUGCCAAGUGUUUGAAAACUGGAACUACAGUUACUACUGGCGCCAUUUUGUGAACAGAAUUUCGACUUGGUCGAGAAGCGUCAGAAAAAUGCGAAGAUAGUCGUAUUAACAAAUUCUUUAUAUAUCCUGGUCAAUGUUUUCACUUAAUGGUGAUUGAAAUCCAACUAAAUAAAUUAAAAAACGCCUCCGACGUUUUACCGCGGUUUACUUUACUAGCAGGAUAUUCUCGUUUUAACCUUCCGUCCGCAUACCGUGGAUUAACACGUAAAUUGACCCAUGUAUAAACAGAAUUGGUGGUUUACCCUUUUGCUUAAACCCGAUUUAAGCUGAACGUAGUUUUGAUAGUCGACUUAAUGCAUUUAUGUUUCAGGGGUUUAGUUUUUAGUUUUGCUCCGUUUUACUUUGCCUUGUUUUAAAAGUAUCAGGUAUAACAGAUUUUGUUUCAUAAGAAAAUAGUUGAUCCUUAAUUCUGUUCGUAUUAAGGGAUAUGAAUAGCCUAAGUCUUUCUCAACAGAGUGCCAGUACCAGACGAUAUCGUUUCCAAAAUUUUGUGAACGUACUUUUUCCUGGUCAAUUUGUCAUCUGUAAAAACUCCCAAUGAUUUCAUUCACGACGUGGUUGAUAACCCCAAGUGUCCCGUCAGUUUGUAUUAAGAUUUGCUAAUUGUUUUGCAGCCAUAAUCUUUGGCGUUGUGUUCAGCAGAUUUGGCUAUAAUUACCCAGACUUCAUUUAUGAUCCAUUGUUCAUCUUCUUUCGACAGAAGUGAAGGUCAGACCGAGUCCGCAGGGUAAUUUAAGUAUCAUCAGCAUUCGCUCUUCAUGCAGUCCUCUUCAGAUGAUUGAUUUGGAGAGGUUGUUAACUUAUAAUAUGAGAAAAGUAAAUGUGCUCUAAUAUCAUAGUAUCCUGAAUACCUACCCCACAAGUGAUUCGUUUGGCUUGAGAUAGACGGCCAUUGACUUUGCACUUUUGGCCUCGAUUACUUCGGAUACAACACAAAAAAAACCACUUAAAUCCCUUAUAAAGCUUGCGUAAUAGUGUGUGAUGAUCAAAAGUGUCAAGGUUUUUUAAGUCGAUACAAAUGACGUUGCUAAACGAACUUUUGUCAAUUUUCCGGACCAACCCACGAGGAUUCUAUUCAGCAAAGCUGUUCAAGUAGUACUACAUUUACGUAGUAUCAAGACCGAUGGUUGCGUAAUAGACUAUAUUGAUCAAAGUUUUGAUAAAUUGACCAGAGAUGACUUUUUCAAAUAUUUUGACAACUUUUGGAAAAACAGAUAUUUUCCUGCAAUAGUUGACGUGUAACCUUGGCUUAGAUUAAUCUUAGUUUUAGGCGUUACCUGAGCUUUUUCACUUCCUUUUACAAGGAACUAUUCCAACACUAAUCAUAACUAUAACAAAAUUCUUAAAUCUGAUUGGCUAUCAACUGCCCCGAUUUCAGCCUUAAUAUGACAGUUAAAUAGGACAGUACGCGUCAUGCUUAAGCAAUUGGACAGUACGCGCCAUCAGGCGCUCGCUUAAAUGGCUUUUUUUCACUGCUAGCAAAGAAAAUCUCGGAAUUUCUUGUGUUUUGAUUAAAAAAAACAACUUAAUAUAUCACAAAUUUUGUUAAAGUUAUGAUUAAUUGGUAACAGAACUUCGUGUCGUCCAAUUCGGUCUGUAAUCAUACUCGUGAUUAAACAAAUCGGACUCCCGCUACGCGGUCGUCCGAUUUUGUUAAUCACUCGUAUGAUUACAGACCAAAUUGGACUCCACUCAGUCCUGUUACCAUUACUUAUUGAAUAAUGCACAGGAAUAUCUCCCACAAAAUUCAAAAGGUCAAAAUAAAUGUGAUCAAACACAUUCAGUGUUGUCUUAGCAUCAGGCUUUUCUCGUUUUUAAGUUACCACUAAUUAAUAGCUGAAAUGUUUUUAUCAGUAAACGUACGAGUUAAAAGUAUUAGUUUACGAUUUCAUUCAACUGAACCGGCCGGCCGGCAGAGCCAGUGAACAUCUCGUGGUCGAGCUCCCUCCCACCCACUCAGUUCUUGAUUGGUUUGAAAGUUACAUGUAGUAGAUAGAAACAAAGUUAAAAGGACUACUUUAUUUUUCUGCCUCCUCUGCAAGCCGGGACAUAUUGGUAUCCGUAGAUAUGUUUGUUUUUCCUUUUUACGCCUGUUAGGGUUCAUAAGGUGUUAAUACCCUGCCGAGCGAAUGUUGUGAUUUCUCGCAAGAGUAAAUGCCGCAAAAAUAACGACUUUAUUUUGGGCCGCUGAGUGACAUUUCGUCAAAUUCUAAAUUCGGCAAAUUUCGGCAAAUUCUAAAUCAUGAAACGCUUCUGUUGGAGCCAUUACAGUACUGCUCGGUUGUAAACAACUCAAAGAGUGAACACCGUCUCGUUUGGAAAGCACGUGCCAACCGGGUAGUAAUUGGUGUAAGACAGCCCAAAAUGUCCGGAGCCACUGCUAAACAACCCCGAGACAUUUUGGGAAGUCUUACACCAACUACUACCAUGCCAACCAGUAGUGCCAGUAGUAAAGCGGUCACGCAAUUAACGCCUGGAGCAUUCGUGAAGUCGAUAUGGCAAAUGCCAGAGUGAGAACUCUGCGGUUUUUACCGACUUGUUUUGUUACAUCAGUCAGACAUCUUGCAAGUAACUCUUCGGAAUUAUUUAAUGUCGGAGACGAAGCACAACUUCGCCAAGUUAUUUCUGUCGAAGACGUUCGAAACUUUGCGGAGCUAACAGGUGAUGUGAACCCCAUUCAUCUCGACGAAAACUUUGCCAAGAAGACUCGCUUUGGAAGGACUAUUGUUCAUGGCGUUAUACUAAAUGGGUAAAUGGAAUUUUAGCCUUUUUCAUCUGCUUGUGCAGGUUUACCGAGAUCUUUACCCUCAAGUAUUGCUUAAUGGUGAAAUCAUUUUAUCUUUAACCAAGACAUCACCCACAGAUGUAUGUAUUAGGCUAAUAAGAACAGAAUUACAAAUCGGUCUCAUCUUUUUCUAUGGAGAAAAUGGAUUUGCAAUGUCCUGAAGGCGUUUCCUUCCUAAGAAACCUGAAAUUGAGUUUCUGGAAAAUACCGAAUUUCAUCCUCAAUGGCACAAAGUUUUAUGCGUCACAAAGUUAGUUCCCUUAUUUUGUGUGUUACCCUUGGGCAAGAGUUUGGCUACAUACUGAUAUUUGAUCGGCAAAAGUUUCCCCUACCCCGGGUUGAUGGCUAACAUUUUUGUACUAGUCCCAUCCCCUUGCUCAUUUGUAUUUGCUAAAUUCUGUGACUAUAAUAAGUUGCCGGAAUUUGAUCAUCUUGGUAGUAGUGUGGUCCUGGUAAGCACUGUAAUGUUGACAGUGACUGAGGUUUUGACAACUUGUGCAGUAGUCAUCUUCAGAGUCAAAGUGAGUUGUAUAUUGUCAUUUCUUGGUUCUCUGGUCAUUAAUGACCUGAUUGAUCAAUUAAGUUGCUGUUAUGGGUUGUCUGUCAGUUGAGCUAUGAUGUAACUGUAUUACUUGUAUCACUUUACUAAUGUUUAUCAAUCUGUUUUAUGCAUGGUAAUACAUCCACAUUUUUGUAUUUCAGAUUGAUUUCCACUAUCCAUGGAACUAAGCUUCCUGGUCCUGGAUGUAUGAUUUUGUCCCAAGCCUUUAAAUAUCCUGCGCCAUGUAAGUGAGUUCAUGGCGAUAUUUAAUGGUGCAGAUUUCAUGUAGCAAGAUUGUUAGAAAGUGUUUGAAGUGAAUAGCCAAUAAUCACAAGCAUUAUGCUAUCAUCCCCUUUCUUCUUUAAGUAGGAUUAGGUGGAUCAAAGAAAGAUCAUUCCCAUUGAGAGAAAAUCAUGAUUAAUCACAUGCAAUAAUUAUUUUUUAAUACUGGACAUGUUAAUUUAAAUCUUGGAGCAACGUUACAGGAAAGUUGUUUUAGUGAAGAGGGUGCAUGUUUGCUGUCUACAUUUUAAAACUCUUUGUUGUGUGGAUUUAGGAGGAAGCCAUUUUCAUGUUGGUAUUUUAAUCAUGUUAUAUUUUUGCUUGUCUUUGUGGUCUUGUAUUGUUUAUGGAACUGUUUCAAAGCCAUGCUUCCUAUCAGAAAUCAUUUACCCCAUUGUGGGUAUAUGGCCUCACUUGGGUUAAAGAGUAAUAAAAUAAUGGUCUUCAUACUGCGGUAGGAUUUGCUCAGUCGGUAGAGUGCUUUACUGCAGAGCAGGAGGUCACAGGUUCGAUUCACGGGACCAGACCAAUACCCAGCAUCUUAAAAUAACUGAGAAAUGAAGUUACUUCCUUUGCCUUGCAAACAACUAGACCUUUGUGUGGCUCGGAUUACCAAGUAAAAUGGCGUAAAAAUUAGUGUCUUAAUCAGUACUUUAAAUGCUAAAUACAUUGACUCUCAAAAAAGUGGUCAAUUUUUUAUCAAGCAACAUGAUGCUUACAACAAGUGAAUUUGUAACAGCAGUAUGUUGAUGUUAUAAGUAGUAUUAGAAGUACAGUUACUGUAGCAGUGGUUAGAAGCAGCAGUAAUACAUGUAUUAGCUGCAUUAACUAGAGGUUUGCUGUUUUAGUUUAGGUUUUUUACAUUAGUUUGUUGUCAUGAUCUUUUCAUUUUAAUAACAUCUUAAUCAUGCUUAUAUCUCCGUUAAGUGUUUCCUGGAGAAGAGGUCCUUGUACAUGUCAAGGUGGCAGAAUCAAGGCAUUCCAUAAUGACUUGUCAUGUUUCAUUUACUGCAGUUCAGAGAAAUAUGGUAAUACUACAUUCAAAAAGUCAGUUACACUGCUUGAUCAUUUUAAUAUUACAGCAACCAUUUGCCAUUUUUCGGAAUCUGCUCUCUGUGCAUACAGAGAAAGUUUUCGGAAUCUGCUGUCUGUGCAUGCAACAAAAUAAACAAAAUGGUGCAUCAGAAGGAUCUAUUUAUUGUCAUAUUGUAAUGUAGUGGUCCUUGCCAGGGCUGUGUUCUAGCAGUGCCCCAUGGCCCCUGGCACCUUUCUUUUGAUCUUGGGUAUUUCUUUGCUGGGCACCCUGCUCAGAGCACUGGGCUCCCUUCAAUUAGCACUCGUGACAAGACUCUGUCCUUCUUUUUGGAAGUGAAAGGGUCAAAUAUUACUGAGGUGUCAUUUAACUUACUUAAUCUUCGUUGUAGGUUGUUCUCUCAGGCGAGACAAAAUUACUGGUUCCCCGUAAAUUGGAUGAGAAACAGUAAAAUGGAGGAUUGUUUUGUAAGUGUGUUCUUACUAUUUUUAAGUCAAAAUCCACCCACUAAUUUUUCCUAGCCAAACAGAAAAACAUUAUUUUAAUUUAUAAUUGGAAGCCAACCUUGUGUUUCAGGGAUGUUCAUAUUGAGUUUUCUCUAUGUGCAAGAAAAUAAUAUUUAUAAUAUGAUACCUCUUAUUAUUAAAAGUGUCAUUGCAGCCAAGGAUGUUCCAUUGAUUACGUAGUCUCACUUUUGUAGUUUCUUUGUUUUCUUGCUUUAGAAAAGAGAUUUGUGUUUGUUACAGUGACGAAAGGAGAAAUCUCAUCUCAUUUUAGUUCACUUUGGGGAAGAUUUAAGCCUAAGAAUUUUCUUAAAAUUUUAGUAAAAUGUGUUGGCCAGUUCAGGUAUGGUCCGUUGUUCCAUGAUAUGCACAUUGCAACAUUUUUCUUCAAAAUCUAAGUUAAGUGUACAAUUUACAUUCAGAUGCACUGUAGGUCAAAUGGUGAAAAAGGUGUUUGAUCCUCUGAGCCUUUAAAAUGCGAGAAUUUCAUGACAUCAAAUCGUGAAAAUCUAAGCAGGUUUUUGUGGCUCACUUCAUCCCCAAAAUGCAAGUUUGUGAUCCAAAUGUGGCAAAAAAAUCUUUAUUACAUCAGCACACUACCUUCCAAUCAAAUCAUGCCUUACUGUAAAGUGUGUCAAGAAAACACUUCUAUACACACUGAAUAACUGGCUGCCCGGAGAUCAUGCUAUAUUUUCGUUUCACUUGAUAGAAAUCUGGCCCGACCAUGUGCAGAGAACAACUAUGGAAGCUGCUAAAAUUUGGCUUGAUGUAACGUUAGAGAGAAAGUGUGAGAGCUGCUUAAAUUUGGCUCUAUCCGGCUACGGAAGAUUGAAUUCAUGAGAGUGGAGUAAAUUCUGUUUAAUCCCACGAAAGAGAGAAAGUAGAAAAUUCGCAAAAAAUUUAUGCCUGAUCCAACGAAAUGGAAUGUAUCAGAAGAGCCGCUAAAAUUUGACUUGAUUUCACGUUAAAAGGAAUGUAUCAGGGGCACCCAACGAGAAUAAAGUUCAAAACCUCUUAAACAUAGCAUUGUUAAACGUAUUUUAGCAUUUAAACGAUAGAUAUAGGCAUAUUUUUAUCCCCUAAAAAUUUUUCAUCUAUUCGGAGUUCCUAGCUGAAAGUCUAGUGAUCCGAAAAUUAUAGGGAUCGAAACUUAUCUUUUCGAAAACUUAGGCCAGAAAAAAGGCUCACGAAAAUUCUAGGCGACCUUUUUAGGGUAAAAAUGCGUUAAAAAUGGGCAAUUAUACCAUUUUUUAGAUGUUCGAAAAUCCUAGGAGAGGCAGGCAAGCAAGAAAUUUUACAACAAAUGUUCCGAAAAUUCUAGAUCUCAAAUCGUCCUCCGAACAGAUAUUUUCCGAAAAUUGACGUUGGGUGCCCCUGAUGUAUGAAAGCUUCUAACAUUUGGCCUUGUCCCACGUAAGAGAAUUUAUGAGAGUGGCUUGACUCCACCAUGAAACGUGAGUAAAUGUAUGAGAGUUGCGAAAAUUCGGCUUGGACUUCAGCCACAAAUACGUUCUGAUGUUUAAAAAAAGAGAUUAAAAUAUUAAUUUCUCGAGUUUAUCGAACGAUGGAGAUUUCAUGUAUAAUCGUGUAUAAUAUAAUAAAAAUAUUAACACUGUAUUUGAAGAAAGAAGACUGUCAAAGAAAAACACUCUUCCCAGACUCUCUGAGAUUAUGGCCAGAAAGGGAAAAAAUAAACUUACCUUCAAACAAUGGGGACGAGGUUGAGUUGUUUUGGUUGUGAAAACAAAAAAUGGUGGACAUUUCACUCGUUUCAGGAGUAAGAAAUAGGCGAAAAAAUAGCUGAAAACAUGGCAAGAACAGCAAGAAGACAACUCGAAGGGCGACAUCUGCUAUUUGGAGAAUAUUUGCGGAGCUGAACAACCCUAAAGGUGCACUAUCGAAGGUUAACCUAACAUCAAUGGGGGUAAGCAUGUUUUAGCUUUGUUUUUAAACUAGGAAUUAUUUUGAAUGAAUAAUGAAACAAUUAUUGAAUUCGGCUCUCGUAUCAUAUGAAGAAUUAUGGAGAUCUCGUCUUAAUAAGAUACUCAGCCUCAUUCAUUAAUUGUUAAAUAUAUUUCUAACACGCUGUUAAUUUACUGAACUUUUUAAAAGUUUACUAAAAAAGUGCCAAGUGUUUGAAAACUGGAACUACAGUUACUGCUGGUGCCAUUUUGUGAACAGAAUUUCGACUUGGUCGAGAAGCGUCAGAAAAAUGCGAAGAUAGUCGUAUUAACAAAUUCUUUAUAUAUCCUGGUCAAUGUUUUCACUUAAUGGUGAUUGAAAUCCAACUAAAUAAAUUAAAAAACGCCUCCGACGUUUUACCGCGGUUUACUUUACUAGCAGGAUAUUUUCGUUUUAACCUUCCGUCCGCAUACCGUGGAUUAACACGUAAAUUGACCCAUGUAUAAACAGAAUUGGUGGUUUACCCUUUUGCUUAAACCCGAUUUAAACUGAACGUAGUUUUGAUAGUCGACUUAAUGCAUUUAUGUUUCAGGGGUUUAGUUUUUAGUUUUGCUCCGUUUUACUUUGCCUUGUUUUAAAAGUAUCAGGUAUAACAGAUUUUGUUUCAUAAGAAAAUAGUUGAUCCUUAAUUCUGUUCGUAUUAAGGGAUAUGAAUAGCCUAAGUCUUUCUCAAUAGAGUGCCAGUACCAGACGAUAUCGUUUUCAAAAUUUUGUGAACGUACUUUUUCCUGGUCAAUUUGUCAUCUGUAAAAACUCCCAAUGAUUUCAUUCACGACGUGGUUGAUAACCCCAAGUGUCCCGUCAGUUUGUCUUAAGAUUUGCUAAUUGUUUUGCAGCCAUAAUCUUUGGCGUUGUGUUCAGCAGAUUUGGCUAUAAUUAUCCAGACUUCAUUUAUGAUCCAUUGUUCAUCUUCUUUCGACAGAAGUGAAGGUCAGACCGAGUCCGCAGGGUAAUUUAAGUAUCAUCAGCAUUCGCUCUUCAUGCAGUCCUCUUCAGAUGAUUGAUUUGGAGAGGUUGUUAACUUAUAAUAUGAGAAAAGUAAAUGUGCUCUAAUAUCAUAGUAUCCUGAAUACCUACCCCACAAGUGAUUCGUUUGGCUUGAGAUAGACGGCCAUUGACUUUACACUUUUGGCCUCGAUUACUUCGGAUACAACACAAAAAACCACUUAAAUCCCUUAUAAAGCUUACGUAAUAGUGUGUGAUGAUCAAAAGUGUCAAGGUUUUUUAAGUCUAUACAAAUGACGUUGCUAAACGAACUUUUGUCAAUUUUCCCGACCAACCCACGAGGAUUCUAUUCAGCAAAGCUGUUCAAGUAGUACUACAUUUACGUAGUAUCAAGACCGAUGGUUGCGUAAUAGACUAUAUUGAUCAAAGUUUUGAUAAAUUGACCAGAGAUGACUUUUUCAAAUAUUUUGACAACUUUUGGAAAAACAGAUAUUUUCCUGCAAUAGUUGACGUGUAACCUUGGCUUAGAUUAAUCUUAGUUUUAGGCGUUACCUGAGCUUUUUCACUUCCUUUUACAAGGAACUAUUCCAACACUAAUCAUAACGAUAACAAAAUUCUUAAAUCUGAUUGGCUAUCAACUGCCCCGAUUUCAGCCUUAAUAGGACAGUUAAAUAGGACAGUACGCGCCAUCAGGCGCUCGCUUAAAUGGCUUUUUUUCACUGCUAGCAAAAAAAAUCUCGGAAUUUCUUGUGUUUUGAUUAAAAAAAACAACUUAAUAUAUCACAAAUUUUGUUAAAGUUAUGAUUAAUUGGUAACAGAACUUCGUGUCGUCCAAUUCGGUCUGUAAUCAUACUCGUGAUUAAACAAAUCGGACUCCCGCUACGCGGUCGUCCGAUUUUGUUAAUCACUCGUAUGAUUACAGACCAAAUUGGACUCCACUCAGUCCUGUUACCAUUACUUAUUGAAUAAUGCACAGGAAUAUCUCCCACAAAAUUCAAAAGGUCAAAAUAAAUGUGAUCAAACACAUUCAGUGCUGUCUUAGCAUCAGGCUUUUCUCGUUUUUAAGUUACCACUAAUUAAUAGUUGAAAUGUUUUUAUCAGUAAACGUACGAGUUAAAAGUAUUAGUUUACGAUUUCAUUCAACUGAACCGGCCGGCCGGCAGAGCCAGUGAACAUCUCGUGGUCGAGCUCCCUCCCACCCACUCAGUUCUUGAUUGGUUUGAAAGUUACAUGUAGUAGAUAGAAACAAAGUUAAAAGGACUACUUUAUUUUUCUGCCUCCUCUGCAAGCCGGGACAUAUUGGUAUCCGUAGAUAUGUUUGUUUUUCCUUUUUACGUCUGUUAGGGUUCAUAAGGUGUUAAUACCCUGCCGAGCGAAUGUUGUGAUUUCUCGCAAGAGUAAAUGCCGCAAAAAUAACGACUUUAUUUUGGGCCGCUGAGUGACAUUUCGUUUUUUAAAAUAUUUUUGUCUCUUGUGGAAUCUGGGCGGAGCAACACAGAAAAUAUAUAACACAGUCACUCUUAUAAGGAGUGAGGUAUAACCGAGUACCGUGCACUCAAAGCCUUGUGAAGUAAACCCCACUUGAGGGAGUUUUAUUAACUUGAUUCAUCAAAAUCGUUUGUUAACGGGAGCGUAGCUAACCAGUUGCUACUUUUUUAUUAUUUUUCUGGAGAACAAAGUUUCUUUUUUGCAAAGUUAGUUUCAAAUAUCGGGCGCGGUAUAGAUGGAGGUGAAAGUUUUUGAAGUCAGCCUGAUCGUGUUUGUAGUGAUAGGCGUGUUUCUAGCGGCUUGCAGCUGUGCUCCGCCUGCAGGGUCAUCAGAAAAACCAACUUCGAAUCCUGACUUGGUGAGUGGAAUUUUUUUUGUUUAGUUCAGUGGCAAAAGUAAAAGGCUAGGCAUUUCCGAGAGGUUCUCAGUCUCCUUUUUUUCAACUGCCUUUGCUAUGAUAUAUCAUCAAUACUACCAUAAGCGGCCAAGAGUCUUGAACUGACUCAUCCAGAAAUAAAGUUUGCGAAAAAGACAUUUUUUCUCCUAAAGAAUUUCGUGAAUCAUGCCUGACUUCAGUUAAAUUAACCAUCGGUUUCUUCUUGUAGUCAAUUUUUUUAAGAGGAUUAUUCUUACUGAGAAAGAGCGGUUUUUUUCACGGCUUUCAAGCUUACCAUUUUUUGCGCAUUUUGUUACUCAAACUCCUGCAAAAAAUCAUUUCACAAGCGUUAAUUUUUGUUUUGUUCUGAAAAAGAUUGAAAAAGAGUCGUUGCGUUAUUAAUUGGACUGAUGAUAGUAGAGAGGAUUUGUUUUAAAAUACCGGCUAAGGAGAUGAAAAUUUGACAUAAGUCGUAUGUAAAAACCUAGUUUGCAAAACCAGUCCAUAUUGACUUUAUAGCAGCUCUUAAACUGGUACUACCAGAACAUAUGAGCGCGGUGUUAAUUACUUCUUUUGUAAACCUCUCGACCGGUCUUUGAUCCUGAUUAUUGUUUUGUUAUGCUUUCUCAAAAUAAUCUCAGUAGAUAACAUAUCCUAUUUAAAUUUUUCUGAAAACGCAGCCUGACUAGGGAGAACAAACAUGCCGAAAUACGACGGAUUAGCAAGAUAAAUCUUGCAGAAACUUGACUCUCCAAAAAUAAACACUAAACCUUUAUAUAUACGAAGUGCCGCGAUUUAUUGUUCUUAAUUUUAGUGGUUUCACUUACAGUUUUAAGCGGAUAGUACGCCGGCUUCCUCCGUGAAAUCAAGUCGCUGUUCCUAGUCUUUUUCUAAUGAAUUUUUCUGCAGAAACAGUUCACCCUACAUGGAUGUAGUUAUUAAGUUUUUCUUAUUAAAGUUCUAGUGGUCUUGGCUUCUUACAUGUACAUUUCUGUCCUUUCCAUGUAUCUCUUUAGCCUUACGGCUCACAGAUAACGGAAGAUUUUUGAUGAAGGAAAGGGAUGCCCUUUCUACCGAAAGCAAAAUAUAUUAUUCACUAUGGCUUACAUUUGCCUUUUUUCGUCUGUCAGUUCAGUUUCCUACAGAUAUAUCUAAAGCUGUAUCUCAUUUAAGAAAGCAAAUAAUAAUUUGAUGUUAGUCAAAGACGAGUGGGUGCGACUUUCACCUACUGCAAACUAUUUUAAGGAAUUGUCGCGGCUCAGCUAUCUUGAGAAAAUUGUUCAAAAGAAUAAAUCUUAAGUCGCUUGUCACAUGAGUCUUUUUAUUUUUUUUUUGGAGAAAAUGCGAACAAUUGUAUGUGAAUAAACGUAUUUGUCAUUUGUAUUCAGUCUGAUUUACCCUCGUUUCACUGAAAAGCUGCCUUUUUCUACAGGAAAGCGAUGCCUCUGUGAGCGAAAAGAGAUCCAACGCUUCUAAACUCACUGAUGCGGCUAAAGCAACCGCAGAAACGGGUAGUGAACUUAGAAAGAAUCAGAAACAGCAAUCGAUGCACAAACGCGGUCACAAGGAGGAAAAAAAUGGAUCAAAACAUCUCCUUCGCCGUCUACACAGCCCACAACCCUCAGCCAUUCCAGUGUCACAGGCAGCGCCUUUCUCUGCGAAGAAAAUAAAAUCUUUGGACCUCUACAGGCCGAUAAUUUCUGCAUCAUUUUAUAGCCAGCUGAGGUACGAAUAUGCGCAAGCGGCUGAUCGUGGAAGAGGAAUAAAGACAGCUCAAAUUGGAGGAACGAAAAAGGCUGCUGCUCCAUCAGCUGCUGCUAAACCUUCUAUGAAUCAGACCUCAAGAGUGAAACCAACACAGUCAGCCGCAGGUACAACGGACUUGAGUCAAUUGUAUACUUUGUGUGUAGCCAUCUUCAUCGAGAUCAAUCAUUUCAGGGUUUUUUUUCUUCUUUUUUUUUUUUUUUUCUGUUUAAUGGGAUUUCAUUUACCAGUUAAAGGAUUAAUACGAGUAUGUUUAAAAUUGCUUGUUAAUGCACUAUUAAAUAAUAAUAAAGUGGAUGAGAAUCAGCCACAAGAAACCCACAAAAAAAAUCUGAGUUCCAGCUGUGAUUAUAACGCAUUUAUGUUUUGUUUUUUGGGCUUUGACCGCAACUUAGUUGAGUUGUUUCUCGGCGGCAGUUACGAGUACUGAUCGCCUCUGCGGUCUGGCUUAUUCUGAAAUUGUCUCCUGUUACUGGGAAUUUUUAACCAUGUUUUGUUUUGAGUGAAAUACCUGUAAAAGAGCUGCAAAAGCCAAGUGCUCCUCCAUCAGAAACAAAGCCUGUAACAUUUUUUCUGUAUUUUUUUCAUCGAUAUAUUUUCCGGCAAACGUUUAAAAUGCCUCGCACCCGGACAAAAUUAUUGUGAGAAAUUGUCUCUUUUCCCGAAAAACUUCAAUGGUAAAUUUUUUUUGAAAAGUUCUGAACUUUAUGUAAAUCCAGGAGCUCAUGACACUGGGGAAUCAAAAACAUAUUGACAAAGUGAAAACUUAAAAUGGUGAGAGUACCAACCUUAGCUUAGAGCUUUGUUCCUUAGCUUUUUGCAAAUGGCUCCACUUGGACCGCCGUGAAGUUGCGUAGUCAGUGAUUUGUGAGGGAGUAUUCCAGUUAAAGUAGACUUAAGGUACAAACGAGUAUUAAAAAAGGACGCGUCGCAAAAGUAAAUUAUAGUCACCUCAUUACGAAUGCUCAUUUUCUUAAUUAAUGAAUGGAUAUUUUACUUUCCUACACCAGUGUGUGGACGGGACUGGAAAGUAUUUUAGCAUGUUAUGUCAAAUGCAUUUUAAAUUAUUGAUCUACAUUCCUGGCGGCUGAGUCACUUUUGUGUUAUGUGUCUCAUAACUAAUCCGCAAAGCUUAUCGAUAACGCGGAUAGAGGUAGUAAGAAGCCUAUUUUCCCGCAUUAGCUACUAAAUAAAUAUAUGUAUAACAUAAAUAGAGCGUAAGUAUAAUCUAAUUAUAAAUGAAUAUAUUUUCAUAAUUCUAAAUAUAACCGAUCGACAAACAGUGAAUUCAAGUCAAGGUCAGUCCCGUCCUGAGAAGCUCUUGAGUGAUUGCGUGGUUCAUGUGAUAGAAUGAAUUUCUGCCGUUUGAACUGCUCCAUGCCACUACCCGCUGUUAAUUUUAGAACGUAUAAAAAUCUAUAGGGAUAGAGAACGUAGCCUUUGUUUAAUGAUGGUAAAAAUCGUUUAAUGUAAAAGUCUUCUUUAUACGGAAGAAGAUUCCAGUUUUAAUCACUAUCUUAUCUGAAAAGUUACAGUCCAAAGGAAUGGCGUGCGUCCUUUGUUAUUUCUAUUAACUCUGAGAGGUUCUGUAUUCGUUGUUCAGCAAGGAUUAUAGCCUGCAUAGUUGGUGGUCUUGUUUGGAGGUAGGGGAGAGGGGGUUACCAGAGGGGAGCGCGUUCUGGGCGUGUUUUGGCGGCUUUGCUGCUCAUUUGCGCGCUCGCACAACAAACCGCAGCUACGCAGCUACGCAUGAUUAUCCGUUGUGGUUCAUCUUCCAGUGAAGAAAUCGGAAAAGCAAACUGAUCCUCACGGCGAAGAAAAGAAGAAAACAGAAAUUAAAAUGAUUGUUUUAAAGAUCAAUUAGCCGUUGUUUCUUUAUAGUUCUUUUCUCUCUUUUUUUUUUUUUAUCCAGUUCUUGUUUAAAGAUUCUACCAUUGAGCUUUUGGUCUGUAGUCGUGUUUUUAUGUUCCUUUUUGAAGCUCAUCUUCUGGUGAUCAGCCAAAUUGGCGAUGGGUGUGUAAGAAAAACAUUUUCGAUGACAAAUAUAUUUCUUUGUUAUUCUGAGGGUUGAAUAACCAGUCUGUUACCUUUUUUGCCAUCACCUCAUCGCAAACACCAAUCUCCUGAGAAUCGAAAGAUUCUAAGCCUUAACUAUUAGUCAUAGAUAUGGGUGUAUAAAAGCAAAAUUUUUAAAACAGUGAAAAGCUUAAACUUACGUCGGAAUGAACAUUUUGAUAGUUAAGACUGUAACUGACCUCUUAAUGUUACGUCAUAGGAACUCCAAAAAAGUCAGACGAUCCCUGCGCAUUAUGGGAAAAAUGUGCCGUGAAUCAAAAUGCAAACGUCAGUCGAUGGCUGAAGAGAUUACCAAGCUGCCCUUGUCGUGUUCAAUUAUCAGAGUUUCUCUACAACAGAUCCAUUUACGAUAAGGAACUUGAUAAAUACUUUGACUGGGGAUACAUGCAAGUUGAUCAGCGGGCAAUACUCAGGCGCACAGCUCAGUUCUGCAUUCGCCAGCGGCCUUUGUUCACGAAUCCCAGCUUGUCGGCGCAAGUUUGCUGUUACGAUUCCAAUAUGACUCUUAUUACAAGGGGAGUAGGUGCAGGGACACCUUUCCUUGUGUCGCCAGACUGGUACAUGUACAGAGAGUUACAUAUCAAGCAUGAUGUGCUACCCAUUCAGCUUUGCAAUGGGGACUGGACACGCUAUCACGCUGUGCGCCCACCCAAUAAUGGCCGGAACUGCACUGCAAACCCGGAUGAUGUGGAAUAUGCACGCCAAGUCGCCAUAGCCCGUGAUUUUUAACUGAGAAGCAAUGCAGCCGUAAAUUAGUGUGUUGUGAUGAUUAGAAAAGAAUGAUGUAGCUACUAGUCUUUAGUUUGGCACCCUAUUAGAUAGAGCCGAGUAUUAAUUAUAUUAUAUAGCAAUUUGUUUAGUAGUAUAUUAUCAGCGUGAUAAUACCAAAAAUAACUCACUCAUUUUUCAAAACUUGAAAUCUAGAAAGUAUUGACUGUAAUGAUCGUUGAAAUAAUUUUUUAGACCGUUUAAGGGCUCUUCAGUUAGUGCAAACCUGAAAAAAGGACUAGAAUACACUGUAAAUCAGAAAGAUCUGUUUUAGCCUUAAAAAUGAGGCCGUUUCAGUGACUAACAUACAGCCCUAUUUUUUUUAAAAUUGUGCGCGAGUGGCGCCAGGAAGGGCUGAGUCAGACUUUGGCCUACGGGGCUGAAUUGACACUUUGGGACUGAAACAGAUCUUUUUAGUUUUCGGAGUAUUUCGAAAUUGCGUUUGGGUAUCGUUGGAGGAAAAAUACUAAUUCUAAAUAACGAUGAAUAUCUUAAUCAUCAAGUCACCAUCACACAGACCUCUAGAUAUCACAAUAUAAACAUAAAAAGAUGACUGAUAUAACGUAGAGCAGCGUGAUUCAUUUGGUUUUUCAAAUAUUUUCUCUGAAUCAUUGAGGGGUACGUCCGAAAACUGGAUAUGUUUAGGUAAUUUUCCCAGUUUCGAGAGCAACCUCCCUCUAGAACUGUAGGACUCUUGUAAAAGUUAAAAAUCCUAGAGUUAUGACCGACCCACUUGAAGGUAUUUUCAUUUCUGGGUGACGUUUUCAAGAAGAAAAGAAUUUUUGAAUUUGCUUAUAUACCACUCCACUAAAUGUACUUUUGACAUAAUGGCUAAAAUAAAUUUGCCGUUGAAGGAUGCAUAUUCUUUGCUGUGAAUCGGAUGUGCCGGGGAUGUCAUAUCAUUUGUCAUUCACUGGUACACACUGAACAUUGAGUAUCUUUAAAAAAAAAAAUCCAUUGUCAUUUAUCCACUUGAGGUUCUCUUCAUUCUGAUUGACGAUUGCAGGAAACGAACUGUAUAGCGCUUACCUUAAAUGUAUUAUUGAUAAAUGGCUGGAAUAAACUUGCGUUUGAAGGG